AUGGCUCAAGACGGCGUCAGAGUUCCCGCUUGGAAGCGACUGGGUCUCGCCCUCAAGAACCAAACCUCGUCCGGAGUCGCCGUACCUGAGCAACAAACAUCUUCUGCCGACCCACAACCAUCUACAGCCUAUAGUGCGCAUGAGACGUCUCAUGAGCCAUCUGUUCCAUCCGAUGAGCCUGCCGUAAAUGGCAAAUCCUCAAAGCUUGGCAAGCGGAAACACCAACAUGAGCCAGCCGACGACCAUCAACAGGAUGCUAAGAAGAGCCGGAACCAUGUUGCCGAGAGCGAGGUGAAUGGGGCCGUCAGCCACAGCCUUCCCGUUGUUCCAAUCGUUCAAGGUGCUGAGGGAGAUGCUGUCAUGGAGGAAGCACCAGCAUCAGGCAAGCCAAUCAAAGGAGAUUCGAAUUAUCGAAAGAAGAAAGAGAAGCCAGUCAAACGCCGGAGAGAGAAACAUGAUUCUCAGGAUGGUGGUUCUCAACCUCAGGCGCGUCCAAAGCACGGAUCCGCUACCUCACCAGAUGAGCCGGCGUACGCGACAGCGCGCCCAACUUUACUUGCUUCCGCAGAGCUAGAUCACACCGACACUACCGCAACCCUGACACCGCAGAAGCUCACCAAGAAAUCCAAUCGAAAAGACGCUUCAGGUUCACCCCCAUUAACGGACCGAAGAAAGUCUGUCGCGUUCACUCCGGACACCAAAAAGUCUGACGGCAACACUGGUCAGGACUACUUUAAAGCCUGGGUUGCUGAACAGAAAGGAACUGGAGCCGUCUCUCAGCCACCAGAAGUCUCUAACUUUGUUCUACACUCUCUGAUCGCUGAGGAAGAGAAGACUGCUAGAAGGAACGGACAAUUGGACAAGAAGCAGACGACGGUAGAAGCAGAAGCAGAAGCAGAAGAAGCCCCUAAACCGAAAACAGCAGACACUACAUCUGAAGAGAAACCAACACCAAAGCCUUCACACAAGCCUGUCGAAGCAAGCACAACCUCAACGCCAGCGCCAGCGCCAAAGGGCAAAAAGAAGGAUCCUUCCGUAUAUAUUGCCUACCUUACACAAUACUACAACGAUCGCGACAACUGGAAGUUCAACAAAGCGAAACAGAACGACGUUGUUGAUAACGCCUUGAACAUCUUCCGCAUUCCUAAUGAACAAACUGACGCCUUAGUUGAAUAUGUCGCUGGUCUAAAGGGAGCUGGUGUAAUCGAUCGCUUACGUGAACGCUGCAGAGCAACAGUCAAAGAUCUUGAGGAGCAAGACGCUCAGAUGAACGAAGCUGAUGCUAAGAAGGUUGCUCAGGAGGACGCAGAGCAUGAGCGGAUUCUUAAGGAGCGGAAACGGAGGAAGACAGAGGGCGACAUGACAGACCUCGCGAACCACGAGUACAGCCCUGGCUUUAUUCGACGACUACAAAGGCGACGAGCGGAAGCGCUCCUUAACGCUUUGGGUCGCGCUGCGCCUGUGUCACCUGCCGUGAAUCCGAAGUCAAGCAUCAAUCCGCUGGUGCAGCAUGUUGAGCCAGCGAAACCGAUCGCGCGAAAGAGAAAGCGUAGGACAGAAGUCUCUAGUGAUGAGAGCAGCUCGGACAGUAGCGAUGAUGAUAGCUCUGACUCUGAAGCUAGCAGCGACUCAGAGUCAGGAUCUGACAACGAACUUCCUGCGAAGAGCACAACUAGCUCUGGAAGCUCGUCAGAGAGCAGCGACAGCGACAAUGAUAGCGAUAGCGAUAGCGAUGGAGACAGCGAUUAG